CGCGGCCCCGGCAGCUGGCGGCAGGGCGGCUAGUUCAAGUUGCCAUAGCGGCGAGGUGAGGCGGGCGGAAGGUGCCCGGGUACGGGGCGGCCUCGCCUCGGAGCGCUGUGCGGUUGCUCAUGAGAACAGAGAGGAAUGCUUAACCAUAAAUUGCUUCAAGAUACUGAUGGCAGAUUCAUCCAGUGAUUCAGACAACUUUCUUACGGGUCGGAUGGGAAGGCGGCCUUUGAGAGCAUCCCACAACAGAGCUCAGAUUUAUGGUGCUGAAGAAGUUACAGAGAAGAUCCAUACUUUAGCAAGCACUUUGCAGGAUACCAACAGAAAUCUAAGACAUGUUGACCAUUUACUAGGACAAUACAGAGAAUACAACAAGGAACAAACCAAAGCAAUAACAACUUUAAAAGAAACACUGGAACAAUCUAUAGGUCAAUUAAGGAGCCAGCGACUAAUGCGAAACUCUGGGAUGAGAAGUGCAUCUCUCUCAAGCUUAUAUCCCAGUGACCUGGAUGGAGAAGGAACAUCAGGGAACCGCCACUUCCUGCCCACUUCUCCUCUCAGGGAUUAUAGAGACUCACAGGGCAAUAAACAUCGAAGGUCUAGAUCUGCAAGUGUUCGAUUUGUCAGUGAGGCAGAUAAUGUGGACCAGCUUCAUUCUUUUCACCAGUCUCUUCGAGAUCUCAGCAGUGAACAAGUUCGCCUGGGAGAUGACAUCAGUCGUGAGCUUUCAAGGAGAAAUAGGACUGAUGCUGAAUUAAGAAAGACUCUAGAAGAAUUGUCUGAAAAGCUCACUGAGUCCCAAAGACAAGAAACGGUAUCAGAACGGGUAGAGAGAAGACUUCAGGAGAUAGAAGAAGAAAUGCGUGCUGAAAGACAGCUCGUAGAGAGGCGCCAGGACCAGCUGGGACACAUGUCUCUUCAAUUACAGGAGGUUUUAAGGAAGCAAGAUGCUAAAGCAGAUGAAACAGAAGAACUCAUGAGAAACAAACUUGUGAAAUAUGAAAGUGAAAAGCACCAGCUUGAGCAGGAAUUGGAGCAGUCCCGAAAAAAGUUGAGUGAAUCUGAAGGCAGUAGAGAAGCUCUUUUGCAUCAGAUUGAGGAUCUUCGUUCCCAGCUUUUGAGAGCAGAAGAAGACCGUGUAGAAUUGCAACAUCAGCUUUCAUAUGCUGCUAUGCAUCGCCAGAGUUACCAGGAUGUACAAGAUGAUGACAGGAGAAUUAGAGCAGUAGCUGAAAAAUAUGAGAGAGAGAAGCAGGAUCUAGAGAAACUUAUUUUGGAACUUAAAGCAAAGCUGAGUCAUAAUGCUGUAAUGUCAGAGGUAGAGGAACUGAAGAGAUGUAUAGAGCGUAAGGACAAGGAGAAAGCACAGCUUGUAAUGCACAUACAGGUGUUAACAUCUGACCUGGAAGACAGGGAGAAGCAGCAGGAAAAAAUGCUGGACCAGCUAAAGGAGAUACAGAAUUGCUACAAGGCUUGUGAGAAUGGACGUAGACAAACUGAACUCCAGUCUGCUGAGUUAGCUCAACAGGUUGAAGAGAGUACCAAGGAAGCAGAACGGUAUCUCACUGAAUACAAGCAUUCAGAAGCACUCAGGCUGGAGACUGAGAAAAAAAGAGAAGAUUUGAAGGUGAGAGCACAGGAAACUAUCCGCCAGUGGAAACUGAAGUGUAAGAAACUGAAUCGUGAGAUAGAAAAACAAAAUCAAACUAUCAGUGAACUGGUGGACAAGAAAAGUCAGGCCCUUAAAGAAAAAGAUGAUCUGAAAAGUCAGCUUCUCUCAGCUAUAAACCAAAUAGCAAACCUGCGGAAAGAGCUGAAUGAUGUGCUUACAAAGAGAGCCCAGCAGGAAGAACUCCUUCAUUGUAAAGAGGUAAAACUGAAUGAAAUGGAGUCACACCAGGGAUCUCUUGAAGAAGAGAUUGAAGAAGUUGAAGGUACUGUAAAAAAAUUGGAGAAUGAGUUGAAAAAGCAGGUCUUUCUACAAAAUCAAAUGCAAGCCGAGAAGGAACACUUGAAGACAGAACUUGAAACUAUUAACUUGUUCCAUAAAAAAGACCAAGAACGGCUGCUAGAAAUGCAAGCAGAUGUAAAAAAUUUAAGUGCUGUACGUGUGGAACUAACAAACAGAAUAGCAGAAGAGGAGAAAGCCAAAAAGGAAUUACUUAAGAGCCUCUCAGACCUCCAGAAACAGCAGGAAUCUAGUCAUGAAGAGAUGACUUCAGCUAACAGGCAGCUGAAGAUGGAAAGAGAGGUUCACCAACAGGAGUUGGCAGAUCUUAGAUCAGAAUUACAAAAUGUGAAAAUCAAACAUGAACAAAAUGUUCAAGAACUCAUGAAACUCCUUAAACAAGAAAAAGAUGAUGCAGAGGCUAAGAUUAGAAUGCUAAAGAUGGAACUUUUAGAAGAGAAAAACAUAGUUAAGACUCAGUCUCGACAACUGGAAAAAAUAAAAGUUGAGUGUGAUAAAUUGUCAGAAGAAUUAACCCAAAAUGAAGAAGAAAAUAUAAAACUAAAAUGGAAAUGUGAGUCUGUAAAACAAGAACUGGAGAAAAAGGAAAAGCAGAUCAUCAAUGAAGAAGAUCAUUUGAGAAAGAUGAGCGAGGCCAGACUGCAGUUUAAAGAUCAGCUGCGUCACUUAGAAAUGGAACAGCAAUCCAUUCUCUCCAUGAUAGGAAGUGAAAUUGAUGCUGCUUGUGAAAUCUUUUCUCGGGACUCCAUGGAGAAAUUCAAAGCAAUAUCCCUCACACCAACAGUACUGAAUGAUCCUCAUCGCUGGUUAGCAGAAACAAAGACUAAGCUUCAGUGGCUGUGUGAGGAGGUAAAGGAAAGAGAAAGUAAGGAAAAAAAACUGCGAUGCUACUUGCUGCAAAGCCGAGAACAGCUCAAGCACUUUGCACAGAUAAAGGAGACUGAACAUCAGUCUCUCUUUAAACAGAUAAAAAACCAAGAAAAACUUCUGGAAGAAGUUCACAGAGAAAAAAGAGAGCUACUAGAGAAGACACACAGAAGAGAGGAAGAAAUGGGAGCUCUCCAGGAACGUAUUAUGGCCUUAGAAAUGAGUACUCGAGUAGCUUUAGACCACCUGGAGUCUGUGCCUGAGAAACUGAGCCUGUUAGAAGAUUGCAAAGAUACUGGAGAGACCUAUUGCCGAAGGGAAAUGAUUGAGGAAAGAUAUAUGAAGUAUAAAGAUAUAGUAACUUCCUUACAGCAACAGCUGGAAGAUUCAAAGCAAAGAGUCGGCCAAGUCAAGGAUGUGAAAAGAGAUGCUGAAAUUUCUGAUAUAGAAGCAGCUGCUCACUCUUCUAGUUGGCAAACUCAAAACAGCUUUCUGUGCAGCUCACUGCUCUCCAAUUCAGGUUCACUUAUGAAAGGGAUGGUUCCUUUGGAUACAAGUGCCACCAAGGAAGAUUCUACUAGUGUUGCUGUUAGUGAAAUGAAGCUGCAAGCAGAAGGAGGAAAGCAGUAGAAUAUUUUACAAAACCACACCAGUUUUCUCUGUGGUAAAUUCCAUUCCACUCUUUUUUUGGGUUUGAACAGUAGCAAUUCCAUCUGCUAUAGGAGCGAUGCACCCUUAAUGAUUCAGCAAUUGCCAAACACUCAAAUGAAAGAGCACCAAGAGUGAUUCUGAUGAACUCUUGUGAUAAUUUAGGGGACUUGUACACCAAAAGCUUUCUGGGAUUUGCUAUUCUCUUGUAUUUGUUUCUGCAGUCCUCCUAGACUAAAUUUAUUGUAUUCCUGAAAUACUGUGAAGUGAAAUACCUGUGACAUUAAUCUUUGCUAUGAGCUUAUUUACCCCUAUACAGGAGUUGUUCUGACACUUGUUUUUUUAUUACAUUUAGCAACAUUAUUAAUAAUGCAAAAAUAUUCAGAAAUUGCCUAUUAUGAUGAGAGUCAUUAUACAGUGUUGUACAGACACAUUUUUGAUUAUAGGUCUUUCAGUUUGAAAAAAUCAUUUAAGAAAGAAGUGAUAAAACAAAAUUUUCUCAAAGCUAGUGAAAAUUCAUAUCUUGGUUUCAAGUUCAGGAUAUAUGUGUUAUAAAAAUUAUUCUUUUCGCCAGAACAGUUUUAUCAGAUGGCCUUGGUAAGGCACUUUAAAGAAUCUGAAUCACCCAUCUGCAUCAAGUGUUGAAAGGCACUUCUAUGUGGCUAUGAGAAUCAUAAUAGCAGGGUUUCGUGUUCAUUUAUUUAUUCUGUUUUGUUCUCUGUUAGAGAAGAUGUGUCGUAUUGAUUGUAAAAUACUAUGGAAAUACAAUAUUGCACAUUUGUAUUUGUUCAGAUAUUUUUAUUCUAAACAAAUUAGACACAGUUUUGCAUUACGGUGGUCUCAAAGAGCAAAUCAUAGAAGAAUUUUCUGCUGUCUAAAGAAAUGCAAGUGUUUCUCACAGUUCUUGUUUUAUUCUCCUUUCAGCUACUUCUGGCUGGAUCACUGCUAGUGUGCCUUAAAAGAUUUGCCAAAGCUAUCAGAGUACUGUAGCAACAUUAACACCAUUCAGACCAUUUUGUUUUGCAGACUUCUGUCAUAUUUAGGAAGCCUAUUUCUUGUCUGAAACACUGUCAUUUUUUAGCACUGUAGGUGUCUCAGGCAUAAUUCACAGGUCACAGAGUGCCAUCUCAAAAGAGGGUUUUUAAAAAUUUUUUUUCCCUACUCUGAUGAAGUGUUCUAUAGUUCCUGUGGGUGCUCUGGACAGUGCUCUUCCUUGACAAUCACCUUGUAUUCAACCUGUUUCAAACAGAAAAACAUGCUGAGAACAUCAAAAUCAGACACAGAAAUGAGAAAAAUAUUCGAGUUUAUUCUCCAUUCAUUUUUCCAUGAACUUAAAUUGCUUAAAAUUUAAAAAAAAAUCUGACUCGGUUAAAAAGUUUUCUUUACCUUUUGUUGUGUAUUAUGCUGUGCAUGGUAGUGCUGGCAUUGGCUUUUUGCAGACUUCUGGCACAUCUGCUCAUUCAGAGGGUCAAGAAAACAAAACAGGCACAUCCAUCUGUUCUGAUCUCAACAGCCAUGAUAGGGACAAGAAAAAAAAUCAACAAAUAAACUUAUGCUCUCUACAAAGAGUGUGGAUGUCAUGAAACAGUGUUUACCUCAAGCCACAGUUACUAUAAACUAAACUUACUUUAAGCGGAUCCAACAUUUGUAAUUCAUUUUUUUAUUAGAUCAAGAGCAGAGCUGGAAAUAACGGCAUUUAAAAUAUUUUAACUGGUUUGGUCUGCUGAAACAUUAAAAAAUGCAAAAUGAAAUGUCACCAGCUUGCAGACUUUAUGGUACCUACAAAUUAUGGCCAAAACAUAGAAAGGUCACUUUAAAAUAUAUUAUGAAACAGUAAACUUGUGCUCUCAAAACACCUUAUGUGGUAACAAGGUCUGGUGCAUUGAUUGCUGAUGGAUAAAUGUGUACCUUACCUGUUGUACCAAAGUUUAGAUGUUUUUUUGACAUAAAUGUGCCUGUUGGUAAAUGAAUGGGUCUUUAAGAGUCUGAGCUGGGAAGUAGUACCAGAAAUGUAAUGUCCUCUCUUUUUGCUAAGGAAUUUGUAAAAAACUUACCAUUUUAUGUAUUUAUACAUUUUUUCCUGACUUGUAACUUAGAAAUCUGAAAUAUGUAUUCCUAAAAUAGGAUCACUACUUCUUUAUAUUGUUAGAAAACUAAGGAUAAGCAGUCCGAUCUCCCUCACUAUUACAUCAAGUAUUGGAUCUCUUUUUGUACUAUACAGGACAGAAAUUACUACUGGGUGAAAAAUUUUGGCUUUAAGAGUUUAAGUAUGUUCAGUGUUUAGUAUAUUUGCCUUUGCCCAUGUGACUGGGUUUUCAACAGUUUUAUAUCCUUUUAUAAAAUUUUCUAAAAGGGCUGGAAGAACAGAAGAGACAUCAAACCACACAAAAAAAAAAAAGAAAAAAAAAAUAUUUUUACUGAGUAGACUUAUGGACUCCAAAGCCAGGAAAUUCUUUCUUAAAUUUACCCUCUUGGCCUGGCAGUCUAGAUAGCGUGUAAUAUUUGUCUCUCUUCCACCUUUGAUAGAGGUUCAUAUUACAAAGUGAAUUUUGUUUCCUCUUUACUGAAGGCAAAAGUUCCGUUCAUGACAUUAUGUGAAAUUGUCCCUUUGUGGUUUAAGAAAUAAUAUUUUUUCCAUAUUGGUCUGAAAUAAUACUCUUUUGCACAGUUUCAGUUUUUAAAGUAGAAAAGCAGAUAAUUUUUAAAUAAAACCUUUUGUAUAUUGCACAUUUUAUAAAUUGCUGUCCCUUCUGGUAGCCAGAUUUUUUUAUACUUUAACCCUUUAAUGACCUGUUACUCAGUUCUUGCCCAAAGCAGUGGUUUUCAAUAAUCAAAAACGUGGUAUUGCACACACUAAAAAAUGAUGGCUUAUUUCUUUGUUCUGUUUAGCAUUUGGUAAAUCAGGCAAACUUUUAUGUAUGUACUAAGUACAUACAGAUUUUAUAAGCUAGUAUCAGGCAUUCUUUUAAUGCUGUACUGAAAUACAGUGCUUCAAUACUGUGCUUUCAAAAAUGGCCCUCUAUUUUAGCAUCAAAUAGUUGUCACAUGAAUAAGCUAUAAAUUUUAUGCCCUUCAGUUCCUUAACAUUUUACAGCAGACUUGAGACUACUUAAUUACUUUUGAGAUUAUAUUUACUAAAUAGCCCAAAUUAUUUAUUUUUAUUGUGUAAUUAUGUCAUCCUAACAAGAAAUGUCAAAAUAAAAAUAAAAAAUAAAAUUUUACAGUGCAAAACAAAGCUAUUUUCUUACAUUUACUUCUCAAAUUUUUGUUGGAAGCCAGUCUUCCAUGAUGGUGAAAGUACUCCUUGGAUAUUCAAAGCUCAGCCACAUUUUUACUAACUAUUACAGCAAAGUAAAUAAAGAAAAUAUAUGAAAAACCCAUCCAACAAAGAAACUACUAUUCUAAAAUCCAUUUAUGAGCUAAGGAAUCUACAUAUCAGUUCAUCUCUGGCUUGCAAGGCAUAGUCUCUGCACUGUGUAGCACUGAAUGGGUUUUCAUGAAUGAAAAUGCCAGUACUACCCUGAAAGGAAAUCAGUAGGCAUUUUUGUAACACUGAUAUAACUUUAUGGCUAAAAAUGAGAAGUUUGCAACUUGGAUGCGUUCUCAUAUCUAUAACGUGCAGAAAAAUUGAUGCAUAAAUUUUUGUGGCACUGCUUGUUACAGUCAAAUUUUACUGUACCUAUGUUAAACUCUCCGUGUCUGCAGUGUGUUAGUAACAAAUUUAUUUCUCUCUAAGCCCUUGUCACCCCACAGAAGUAAUUGAUACUGAAACUAAUGUGAGCUGCAGGUCAAUAUCUGAUGAUACAGCCUUGUCAAAAAUGGAUGUGCAGGAGGACAUCACCCAAAUUCCUGUGGUUUUGAUCUAAUUGUAGAAUUCAGAAGUAGCAGUAGAAGGGAUGGAAAGCAAUUUGUGAUUAAAUUAUAAUUUCAGAACACUUUUAUUCUUGAUGCCUUAGCUUAAAAAACGCCUUAGAGCUAGUAUUUACAUCUGAAUAAAAGUGAUCCCUAAAUAAAAUUCCAUCUUGGAUAAUUUUUUUUUUUACAUGCUUAAGUACUUCCUACUCUAGCUCAACUCAACUCUUUACUGUAGGCAUGUCUAGACUUCUGUGAAUAUGAAUUUAUUUGCUUUUCUAUGUAAAUAACUAAAUUAGAUUUUAAAUCUGAAGAAUAUUUUAGUGCUCUAUACAGGAGUACAAAAGAGCAGAAUCUGAUAACCAAGUCCUCCAAAAAUCUGCAAUGCUUCUGGGAAUGUUGACAACAAAAAUGGAGAUUGCUGUGGUUAAAAUCCAGCAACAUCCAGCAUUUAUCGUUUGUGCUAACGACAACAGUUCUCCUGUUUCUAAAGCUGAAGUUGCACAUCUGUCAUUUCUCUGGCUGAAUUAAUUAGAUUUUUUUUUCUCUUCCCCUAAUAAUGACAAAAUUUGUAGUGUGAAAAUAUGCAGUGAUGAUAUUUUAAAAUUUCUAGUCAUGUUAUUUAGGAAUCUUUCGGGUGCUAUUUGGAACUAAAUAUUUUUGGAACAUAGUUAUUAACAUGUUAGAUUAUUACAUUUAAAAACAUGAACUGCACUCUUUUAGAAUAAUUUUGCUAUCUUUUUUUAGGGACAUCGCUCCUUGAUAUGUGUUUUGUUUAAGUACAACAGUUGUUCUUGAGUUGUCUGUUAUUUUCAUCUGUCUUCAGUCCAGAGUUGUUUUGAUCUUAAACUGAUUUUCUCAUCUGCCAUCUACAGUGCACUAGUAUGUCAGAAGACAUACCAUCAUUUCUUCACGUACUCUGCGUCAAUAAUUUUGGUAGUUGAUAUUCCCAUGGAAUCACAUUAGUGUUGAAGGCAGUUGUUUCUUAUAAACUCUUUUCAUAUGAAUUAUGACACUCUUACUUGUUUACUAAAAUAAAAGCUGCUUAGUAAAUGGACUAACAUGAGGUCACAUGCUGUCUAAUUUUAAAGAUUAUUCCACAAAGUAUAUGUCUCUUACUACAUUUGUCUAGAUUUUCUGAUUGCCAGCAUUGAGUUUACUAACAGUUUGUAGAAGGAAAUGGUAAAGGACAGACUUUGCUGCAAGAACCCUUAAAUAUUUUUGAUUCAAGGCAAAAAAUGAGACUACACCUAAUUUAGGACAUCUGUCUAAGUGCUUAGUCUAGAACCUAAAAUACUCAUAUUGCAAAGUAUAUUUCUUCAGUGUGUUAAUAUCACUAAAAUCACCUUCAUGAUUAACAGUUGCUGACACCUAAAAUAUUUUUGAAAAGUGAUACUAAAAUUUGCUAAAGAUGAUCAAAAGGAUUUCUGUGUCACUCACAUUGUUAAACAAGCAUGGAACUGGGAAGCAGCCCAAUUUAUGUUUCUGGCAUGAAGCUCUUCACAGAAACCACCAGUGACACAGUUUUUUAUGUGGAAAACGAUGAAGAUGACCUGUGUUUUGCUGCUGGCCAAGAGAACAGUUUGCAUUUGUGGCUGUUUGGUGUAUGGAGUGCAACACGUGCACCAUUUUUAUUGAGGCUUUCACUGAUGGGUGCAGCACUGGCAGCACCAUUUCAUUCAAACAGCUGCAACCAUGAAGAUAUCAUGUAGCUGGCAGAACUUUUGUUACAUGUUUUGACUAACAGAAUGUCAACAAGUCCAUCAGAAACCGUGGAGCUGUUUGUUUUAUCUUCUCUGGAGCAGUUUCCAGUGCAGUCAUGAGGCUAGAAAAUGCAGAAACAUUUGUUCAGCAUGAGCUACAUCAGCAGGGAGGCUCACUAGCCAUGGAACGUGAAUCCAUUAGUAUGUUGUCCAUUGAUUGAUUAGAGGUCUAUGAAUUAACAAACAACUAAUCUACAAAGUUUUAAAAAGUGAGACAAAUUAUUCUUAUUUCAUAGUCAAAAAAUCUCUGAAAAUGGAAAAAUGAAGUAUCAAAGUCAAGAAACACUUCAUUUUUCCAGAAUGCGAGUAAUUUGUUAAAUUUCACUAGAGUGACAUACUAAAAUGAAGCUCCUGAAUAUGUUAAUCAACAGAUAUCAGUCCCACUUUGUGGCAUCUCUUAAUGUGUGAAACUUGCUCACUUUGGUUUAGACUUAACUGUGUUCCAUACUUAGGGAAAGUCUGUUAUGUGUGUUGUGCACUGAAUAGCAAAGUUGAAAUUCACCAGAGACAACUGAUGUGCUACAGACGGAAUACUGGCUCUUGCAGUGUAUUUUAACAAAUAGCUCCAAUGUUCAAAUUUCUGCUGUGAAAGCAACAAAUAGAAAAAUAUGUAGACUGUAGGUAAGAGUGUCAAUACAAUAACAGUGUAUUACUGAGGUUUCGAAGGUGUAUCACUUUUGAGGCUGACACUUCUAUAUGUCCUUAUUAGCAAAUGCUGAUAUUCUAUUUUUUUUUUUCCCUUGGAGAGUAUGAGAAGAAAAUAUGUUACUCACUUUUGAUUUCUGGAACAUGUUUUGCCAUUUCAUGCUGCCAGUUUCUAUUUAAUUUGGGGUUAGCUAAAAAAACCAACCAUCUAAUUCUGAUACUUCAUUACAAGCACUCCUAAUUAAGUUAGUUGAUACAUGAGUCAUUUUCCUCCAGAUCCUUUGUGUUCAUUUCAUCUGAAUGAAAUACAGUGUUUUUUUGCAGUUGGUGUCCUAAAACUGGAGCAAAAUUAUUCUUGUGAACUAGUAUUUAGGUUGGGACAUUCUUAAGCUAAGAUUGCCCAGGCAUCUCAUUCAUGUGACACUUAACAUAUUACAUCAUAUUUCCCAGUCAGCUAUUGUCACUGCAGUAUAGUAUAAACUAACAACAAGGAAUCUACAGAAUUUCAACAAAUUAUAUGGAUGCGAAAUGUCUCUGUGCUGGUGUGAAGUCAGAAAGGUCUGUUUAAUACUUCUAAACCUUAUUGUAUUGAUUAACGUAAUAGAAAUAAGCAUAGUGGAAUGAAAUUCCUCAACAUUGAAUUAUUUCUUGAGAUAAAGUCCUUGAAAGUUUAGCAAGGAAUCCAGCUCUUCAUACAUGUUGAAGUUCAUCUUACUGUGGUAACCAGAACUAUUGCAGUUUCCUUCAAACUUGAUUUCUGAAAUGUAAAGGUGUGUUCAGACUUAUAAUAGCUGUGUAGGCAUCAGGUAUAUCCUGUCCACAUAAUUAUGUCUCUUUCUUAUAGACAUUGACGUGUAUAAACAUGUUCAUACACUGUAAAAUUUUACUGGUCAAAAAGAAAAUGAAUCCUUUUAUGCUUGGAAAUCCUAACUGCAGUAAAGCUAGCAGAGGCCUUGUCUGUAAUAUCAGUGGAGUUACCAUUUCAUGCUGUCUUUUAGAAGAGGGGAGAGAAAUACUUUCUUAGUCUAUUUUUUCAUUGCAUUAUGGAGGUCUGCAAGUCUACAAUAUGUGUUGGUCUGAUGAGCAACAAAUACUUGCUGAAAAAUACAUGCUCUUAUAAAAAUAAUUUGGUAGCAAACUGCAAAACAUUUGGAAUAAUCUGCCACUAUGUCAUUUUUAUAUUUUAUAUUUUUUCAGAAUCUGAGAAAUGAAUUUUGAGUUCAUUUACGUUCUUUUAUUUUUUCAAGAAGACUAAAUCUAAGUUAGUUCUAUAAUAAAAACCAUUGUCCUUCUAAAUAACAUUAAUCCAAGCUUAUGAAAUUUGAAAAAUUAUGAAACGUUGCAGCUCUUUGUUCCACUUCAAUGUGGUGUACUACAGCUUUUUCAAAAUAAUGAAGCCAUCUCCAAGGAGAGAUAGUUCAUCUGUUAAUGUGUAUCAAUUGUAUUUCACACUUGUGACUAAAUGUUUUGUUUCCUAUCAGUUUUUCAACUGAUCUAGUAAUUCAAUGAGUACCCAAAAUGGGAAUUUUUUUGUGUGUAGAUAGAAGCUAAUUAUAUCUUACAUCUAAAUUCCAGCACUAUUGGUUUGGUUUUUUUUACAAAAGACUCAUGAAAUAAACCCAGUUUUGACUAUUUUGUUCUAUGAUAUUUUUGUUUCAAGAUAGCUUCACAAGGUAUUUGCAGUCCACUUUUUCCAUUAUUCAAGGAGGAAAAAAAUCCAACUUGACUACCUUGAGAAGUAUGUAAUGAAUUUAAAAAGGUAUAGAAUCCUAGAAUCACUUAGGUUGGAAGAGGCCCUCUAGAUCAAGUUCAACCAAACUACUGCUUGACUAUUACUUCCUGUAAAUCGCAUGGAUGCACAUAAAACUAAGUGUACAAGUUGGAUUUUCAGAACACCUCAUGCAGGUUUAGCAACAAUGCAUUGUAGAAGUAUAAAAGGAGGAGCUGUUACCAUGUUGGUUUGAUGUACAAGUCCUUACCAACCUGUGAAGUUUGAGGUACGUGGUUACACAUGAGGUGUGACUCAUGUCACUCCAGAACACCAAUUUUAUUGUUGAGUUGCUGCUCUGACUUCAGAAUGCCUGUGCCUGAUUUGUACCAAUAUGAAGCCUCAUGUAUAAAGCCUAAGUACCAAUCAAACUACUAAGUGCUGAGACUUUGUCAAGUGAUUGCAGUAUGAAGUAUAUGAAAGCUGUCUUUUGUGCUCUGAGCAUGUUGCUGCAAACUGAAAGCUUGGCACGAUCUGCAGGUAUGUUUAAAUUUGGUUAAGGCUCUACCAGGAAAGUUCGUAUGUUAAUUUAACAUUAACAUUUGUACCUACUUUCUGCAAUUAGACUAUAUAAUGUUAGCCAGUGAGGCAGUAACAAAAAUAUCAAGCUACGUUACACUUUUGCUGACUUGGGACUUACUCCAAGCAAUUCCUGAAGGCAGGGUUGCAAGUCUUCAUUGCAGCUCAGGAGAUAGAUAGUACUUUUGUAGGAUCAAAGUUGCUAGCUGUACUUGUAAUUUAAAGUAUAAAGUAAAAACUUGUCAUUUUUGUAAACUAACAUAAUAAAUUAUUUUUCCAAGCAA